CCAAUUUUCGAACGAGUAAAAACUUUGAGUGGUCAAAAAUAUCCGGAUUAUUUCGGAUACUCAAUGUGUGCUUCAGACGUGAAUGGUGAUGGAGCCGACGAUUUAAUCAUAGGUGCGCCAAUGCACGCUAAUACAAAAAAUGAUAAGGACUAUGAAAUAGGGCGAAUUUAUGUAUUUUACCAAGGUAACAUCAAGUGCAGAGAAACGGAUUUAAAAUGCGCAGAAAAACUAUUCGCAAGAAACGAAACAAUAGAUGGAGUGGAUUCGGGUGCACGAUUUGGUUCAGCUUUGGCCUCGCUGGGUGACAUAAACAAGGACGGAUACGAAGAUAUUGCAGUGAGUGCUCCGUACCAAGGAUCUGACAAAUAUAAUACAUGCGCAAGUGCAACUCGGACGACAGGGGCUGUUUAUAUUUACCUCGGUUCAGAAAACGGUCUGAGCAAAACGCCUUCGCAAGUGAUCAAAGCUUCAGAUGUGGCUCACUUGAGAAAUACAUCUCAAUUGAGCGCCUUCGGCCAUUCAUUAUCUGGAGGAUUGGAUUUGGAUAAAAAUCAAUACCCUGAUUUGAUAGUCGGAGCAUACGAAUAUGAUGCUGUUUUUCUCUUCAAAUCUCGACCAGUAAUUAAUUUAACAGCGAGUCUUUCUUUUUUGGUUAAGAAAACAAAGCGUGGAAACGUUCCCUUGGAUAGGAAUACAUGUACUUCUGAGACGAAAAAUAAAAAAUAUGCUUGUGUUACGCUCAAAAUCUGCAUGCAGUAUAGCGGUGUCGGCGUUGAAGAUCAAAUUGAUAUCUCCACAAACAUUACGCUCGAUACAAAAUAUGCAGAUACUUCCAGGAUGCGCUUCUCCAAGACCAAAAAUAGUACCUUAAAAUUGCCCCUUCAGUUGACUAAAAACAAAAAAAAAUGCGAAAACGAAACAGUUUAUGUCGAUAAUAAAGACCCGGAUAUUGAAAAAGUCACUCCACUGGAAGCUUCCCUCCAGUACGAACUUGUUGAAUCGAAAAACAAAAAAACACUCUCCAGCAUACUAAAUUUCGGACCCACAACUCGAACAGACAGCUUCAACAUUUCUAGGAACUGUGGCGAUGAUGACAUCUGCUAUCCCAACUUGAAUUUGACUGUUAUUCCGAACAUCACACAAUAUGAGCCACUUUCUAAAGUAGACUCCUUGAACCUUCAAGUAUUGGUGAAGAACAACGGAGAAUAUUCGUAUGGGAGUCGGUUCAUUUUGCAAGUGCCAAAAGGCCUUGAAUUUUAUACUUAUGAAAACUCUCCUCUAACUGAUAAAUUCGCUAACUUGAUAAAUCUUGAUGGUGAAAACAUCACUUUCAGCAUUGGUAACCCUUUACCAGAAAACCAAAAGGUCAAUUUCAGUGUAAUCUUGCGCAUAAACAAGACUUUGGAAGAUCUGAGCUCAGCGUUUCACUUUUGGGCUAAAGUGAACAGUACCAAUCCGGAAAAAAAAGAGACUCUGAAAGAUAACAUAUUUUUGUUGGACAUUCCUAUACGAGAGAUAGUCAGUCUAGAGAUUAGCAGCGCAUCAUACAUAACCGUUCGAAAAGAUAUAGAAGCUGGACCGGAAGUUAUACAUCAAUACAUCAUUAAAAAUUCAGGCACUGCGAACCUAAGUGAAGUCAGUGCGAUAUUUUUCUGGCCGGUAAAAUUAACGAAUGGUGGAGAUUUGUUGUAUCUUAUGGAGCAACCGAAGACUCAAGGUUCAAUUCAAUGCGAUUAUGUUGCAAAUGUCAACUAUAAAAAUCUAACUAAAAUACGUGCUUACAAGAAUACACUCGUAAUACCAUGGGUCAAAAACAGUAAUGAUGCCAAACCGCGAAGAUCCACAAAUCAAACAACUUCCGAAGAUACGAGUACAUCCAAGAAUCCAGUUUCAAAUAAUAGCACAGAUUAUCAAAAAAUUCGAUGUACAAUCAGAAAUUUGUCUAGAGAAGAGGAGGUUUCAGUAUUAUUUCCAUCCGUUGUUUGGAUGGAGACAAUUGAACAGAUUGCAGGUUUCAGAAACAAGUCCCUUGAAAUCGGCUCCUGGGUUGAAGUAAAUGUCACAACGUUAUCACGAAACGUAACACAAAUACCCGAGAAGCCAUACCGUAAUGAAGCAAUAACUACUAUUGAAUUCGAAAAGGCAUACAUUGAAGAAGCAAUACCUGCUAUUAUCAAGUCUCGUGAACCUGACGUGAUUCCUCUGUGGAGUGUUGUUCGAUCAUGUGUCCUGGGUGUUCUCAUAUUAAUGUCAAUGAUCUGUGGCUUGUAUAAGUUGGGUUUCUUCAAAAGAAAUCGUCCCCCGACAUUUUCAGCAGCAGAAGAAGCUUGCCAAGAAUCAGAUUUGAUUGUGAAGAUGGGAAAAUCCAGUUGUGAUGAAAUGGACGUUGAAAAUGCUCAAGCAACUAAGGAAAUGGAGCGACGUGUUAAUCAGAUGUGUAUGGAGACAAUAACUUUGCGACAAUGCAUCAAGAAAAUUGUAAUUGAAAAUGAAAUUGAGCUGGAUGAAAAGACAUUAAACAUGUUGAAAUUACCAAACGUAACAAUUGAAUAUGGACCUAUUUCAAAUACAGGAAUUCUGAUUGACACAUCACCAGACACAGAAUAUCUAGUACCAAUUGAUCAUAAGUGGGAGUUUCCAAGAAGCAACCUUUCUUUUGGAAAAUGCCUGGGAGUGGGAGAAUUUGGGAAGGUUGUCGCAGCAGAAGCAUUUGGUAUUCUUCAUCAAAACGUCACCAGCACUGUUGCUGUUAAAUCGUUAAAAAAUGGUCACUCGGAUGCGGAUAUGAUCGAUUUAGUGUAUGAAAUGGAGAUAAUGAAAUUGAUCGGAUCGCAUGUCAAUAUUUUACAACUUUUGGGGUGUUGCACUCAAGAGGGAGAAUUACUCAUCAUAACUGAAUUGGCUCAACAUGGAAAUCUACGUGACUUUCUUAGGAAUUAUCUACCCUCUUCUGAAGAUGAACUUAUACCCAACAAUUUGACUCGGAAAACAUUACUAUUGUUUGCUCAACAACUGGCUAAAGGAAUGGAAUAUUUGGCCUCCAAAAGAUGUAUCCACCGAGAUCUUGCUGCACGAAAUGUUCUGGUAUCUGAUAAUUAUAUAAUGAAAAUAGCUGAUUUUGGCCUGGCGAGAGAUAUCCAAAACAAAGAGUAUUACAGGAAGAAAACAAAAGGCAGAUUACCAGUUAAAUGGAUGGCUCCUGAAGCGCUGAGUCAUGGUCGUUAUACUGCCCAAUCAGAUGUGUGGUCUUAUGGAAUUGUGCUUUGGGAAAUUCUGACCUUGGGUGCAACGCCUUAUCCUUCACUACAGAAUGUGGACAAAUUAUUUUUCACUUUACGCUCUGGGUAUCGAUUGGAAAAACCUCCUAAUUGUUCUGUUGAGACGUACAGCCUGAUACAGAAAUGUUGGAGUCUUCUGCCAGAAGAUCGUCCAACAUUUACAAUGAUUAUUGAUGACCUGGAUAAUAUAUUAAGCGAUAUGGAUGAUCAGACUCCUAAACUGAGUAGUUUGUAUAAGCCGGAUGUUGAACAGGGCAACCCAAAUGAUGAAGAAAAUUCAGUAGACUCUGAAUCUGAAUGAGCAAUUUUGCAGUGCUUUGAUUCAUUACUUAUCUAUUGCUGCUGGUAUAGGUUAGGUAUACCUAUGCAUUUUUUGAGUAGGCAAUAAGUAGUAGGUGAGUGACAACGUAUAGUACCUAGACCUACGGAUGCAUUGAAUUUAUUGUACAGCAUUAGCUCUAAAAUAUGAUUCUAUAUCCUCAUCUUUU